AUUGAGCAAAAUUAAAGACUUAUUUCCAAAUCAUGAAACUUGGUCUCCUAUUUUAGCUCCAAAUUAACACACACGCCAUGCAGUUUAAUUUCAACUAUCAAACUUUCUUGCAGGUAACAAAGUCGGAAAGGAGCCCCUGAAGCUCAAUGGAUACCUACUUGGCAACCCAGUAACAGAUCGUCGUGGUGAUGUCAAUGCAGAAAUCGAAUAUGCUUAUCGUGUGUCACUUACAUCUGAUGAACUCUAUGCAGUAAAUCUCUCAAAACUUGCAUUGAAUGCCUAGCUGCAGCACUUAUGUCCAGUGUUUAUGUUUAUAUUAUGUGCACUAUAUCAUAGUCGAUUCACGACAAUAUAUGUUUUGAUCUGUCACUCUCAUUGUUGUUUUAUUCCCUUCUAAAUUUCCAGUCAUUGAAAGAAAGCUGCCGGGGCGAGUAUGUGGUCGUAGAUCCAGCAAAUGUAUAAUGUGUCAAAGAUCUUGCAGCAUUCGAGGAUUGCAUCGCCAAUAUUGAUGUUGCAUAUAUUUUGGAACCUAAUUGCGCUCUAAUCUCUCCAAAAUCAAAUGGAAUAGAAUGGCCGCAUCAAGCAAUUAUGGAAGAAAAUCAGAGGAAUGUUUUACAGCUCCUUUCAUGGUCUAAACCACCCCCUGCAUUAUGGUGCCGGAGUUAUACUUACGUGCUUUCUUACUUUUGGGCUAAUGAUGAAAAUGUACAAAAUGCGCUUCACAUACGGAAGGGAACCAUCAAGAACUGGGUGAGAUGUAAUAGGACCAUGUCCUACACAUAUAAUGUUAUAAGUACCGUUGAUUACCAUCGUAAUUUAACAGAGCGGACAGGUUACCGAUCUCUGAUUUACAACGGAGACCAAGACCUGUCUCUUUCAUAUAUUGGCACCCUACAAUGGAUAAGAACUCUGAAUAUGACCCUCGAAAGUCGUUGGGAGCCGAGGUUAGUGGAGGGUCAAGUUGCCGGGUACACAAUGAGCUUCACCAAGGAUAAUUACCAUAUGACUUAUGCUACGGUUAAGGGAGGGGGUCAUACAGCUCCAGAGUACAAGCCUAAAGUAAAUUUUGCCAUGGCAUAUAGGUGGUUCGCCCACUACUAUCUGUGAGUUAAUUAGAUUAGUUGCAAUUAAAUUUAGGCAUGCAACGAAUUGACAUGUAAUUGU